GGAGUGACCGCAGUGACAGAGGGGUGGGUGGGCUGGCUCAUGGCUGAGGCCUUUCUCCCAGAGCUGAGGGGAGAUGCCGAAGCCACGCCUUGCCCCAGUGUCCUGGAACUGGAGGAGCUCCUGAGGGCAGGCAAGGUUUCUUGCAGCCAUGUGGACGAAGUUUGGCCCAACCUUUACAUAGGAGAUGCGACCACGGCAAAUAACCGCUUUGAGCUAUGGAAGCUGGGCAUCACCCACGUGCUGAAUGCCGCUCAUGGGGGCCUCUACUGCCAGGGCGGCCCUGACUUCUACGGCAGCAGUGUGACCUACCUGGGGGUGCCAGCCCCUGAUCUCCCUGAUUUCGACAUCAGUGCCUACUUCUCCUCCACAGCUGACUUCAUUCACCGUGCCCUCAGCACACCUGGGGGUAGGAGUUGGGGUCUGAACCCUUAUUCCAGCCUGCUCAGUCAUGGGGGGGAUGUCUGGUUUCCCCUCAAACAUCAGUGUGAGCCGCUCUGCCACACUGGUCCUGGCCUACCUCAUGCUGCGCCAGCACCUGUCCCUGCGGCAGGCAGUGAUCACCGUGAGGCAGCGCCGAUGGAUCUUUCCCAACCGAGGCUUCCUCCGCCAGCUCUGCCAGCUGGACCAGAAGCUGCGGGGUGCAGGCCAGAGCUGAGGGGCCAGAGCUGGUCCCUAUACCCUGCCACAGGGUUCUGCCAUUUUGCUACCCUGGCACUGGCACUGCUGGUGCUGCUGCAGGCUCUGGCCCAGGUGGAUACCCAGAAGAUGAAACAGCAUCAAGUGUGCGGAGACAGGCGGCUGGAAGCCGGCAGCACAAAGUGCCCGUCAGAGAAGACUACAGCCUGGGCCAGAUACCCCUACAGGAUGGACUCACUGCAGAAGCAGGACCUCCGGAGGCCCAAGAUCCACGGAGCAGUCCGGGUGCCUCCAUAUCAGCCACCCACGCUGGCCUCGCUGCAGCGCUUGCUAUGGGUCCAUCGGGCCGCCACGCUGAGCCACAUCAAUGAAGUCUGGCCCAAUCUCUUCCUGGGAGAUGCGUAUGCAGCCCGGGACAAGAACAAGCUGACCCAGCUGGGCAUCACCCAUGUCGUGAAUGUCGCUGCAGGCAAGUUUCAAGUGGAUACAGGUGCCAAGUUCUACCAUGGAAUGCCCUUGGAGUACUAUGGCAUUGAAGCCGAUGACAACCCCUUCUUUGACCUCAGUGUCUACUUUCUGCCUGUUGCUCGAUACAUCCGAACUGCCCUCAAUAUUCCCCAAGGCCGUGUGCUGGUACACUGCGCCAUGGGGGUAAGCCGCUCUGCCACAGUUGUCCUGGCCUUCCUCAUGAUCUACGAGAACAUGAUGCUGGUGGAGGCCAUCCAGACGGUUCAGGCUCACCGUGAUAUCUGCCCCAACUCGGGCUUUCUCCAGCAGCUCCAGGUUCUGGACAACCGACUGGGGCGGGAGACGGGGCGACUCUGACCUGGUGGGCAGCCAGGAGCCCUAACUCUCUGUCCAGCAUGGCCUGACCCAACCAGCCUGGCCCUGGGGAUAGCAGCCUCUGCUGUUUCCAGCGACCUUGAGAUGUAAAUAGCAAGUGGGGGCUUAGCUGAGGCAGAGGCAGGGAGAGCCAGGUGGUGACCUUUAGCAGGUGGAUUUCCCUGACCCAGUCUAGAGAUUCUUUAUGCAAAAGAGAGUUCAGUCUGUCUCUAUAAUAAAAGGUUCAUCAUAAUAAAGACAGGAGAUCUUCUGGUGGUUUGUGGGGCGGUAGCUUACUCCCAGGAUGGCCAGGAGGAUCCAGAAGGCUUGCCAACUCUGCUUUAGCAUGAUGGCAGCCUAGAGGAGUGUGAGUCCAUUGUCUGAAUAAAGACCAAAGUUCAAUGUGUCACCACCUUCUCCAUGCCCUCCCUAUCAAAAACCGACUAUCAAAACUCGCUGUGCGCAAAUAGCAUCUCUUGAAUCCAUUCAGUCUUUUCAUUUAUACUCUACUUUCAAGAGGACUGACUAAAAUUACAGACACCUAAAAAAUACAGGCAUUAAACAAGAGGAUAGAGACUGGGGAGGAGACACUCCAGAAAGCUUAGGUGAAGGGUGGUUAUAAGAUGGAGCAAAACAUUUAGCUCUAAGUUACUUAGUUCUUGUACCCUAAUAAAAUGAAACAAAAUAAAAAG